CUAUGUAGGUUUCUGUGUCCUACCAAGCACACAUCAGUUUUCUCACAUGACAAUCUAUGUGUGGAGUUCACUUCACUGACGGAAGAAAGUGGAAAAUAUGUCUUUGUCUUAUAUUCUUCUCAUUUAUGUUGCCGGUGUUGCGGUAAACGGAAGUUGUGCAGAUUCGGUUCCCACUCCCACUAUUGUAUUUUCCUCUGGGUACAUCAAUGUAGCUACACCUGUUACAGUACGCUGUGAGUCACCAGAAGGCACAGAGUGCAAUUUCUACAGAGAUCAUGACCCCAACCCUAUAAGAACAGUGGAUUACAAGCAGGGUGCUUGCCAGUUCAAGUUGUUGUGGAAUGAGUUCAAAAAGUGGAACAAGACUGAAGUAGAUCUCAGCUGUGUAAUUCUACAGAAGAGAGAAGAUAAAUCGAUUAAAACCUCAAAACCUAGCGAUGCUCGAAGACUUAUAGUGAGUGAAGAGGAAAUGCAGAGGAAGAGGAGCAGUGCUGAAGAGAUCUUUAUCACCUGUUCUGUGGAGCUGUUGGUAGAGGGUGAAGAUACUGUGACAUCACAGCGUAGUGAAUCCCUCGGUAUCACCAUAGAUGGAGCUACGAGUUCCCCAUCAGAGUUCAGUUUAAUCAAACCUGUUCAGGAGGAGACAAGCAGCAAUGUCACAGCCCAAGGAAGAGGGUUCCUCGUCAUCAUCAGUCUGGGUGCUGGUUCCCUUUUCCUGGUUCUGCUAGCUGGGUCUGUGCUGUGUGUUCUCCAACGCAAGUGUGGGGUUCAAGGCAGGCCUGUAAAUACUGGAAGCCCACCUGAGCAGCAAGACCAAACCCCACCUUGUGUCUAUUCUGUCAUCACAAAGCUGUCUAGGGAUGAGGAAGAGGACAGUAGUCUGCAAUACGCUACAGUGACAUAUACCAGUGACCGAGCUAGUCUUCAAUAUGCAACAGUGACAUCUACCGGUAACCAAGUUGGACCUGGGCGCAGCAAGAUCAAGUUUGAAAUAGCUGUAGAAGAAGAAACAUUUACUGGAUAACAUGUUUUGCCAUAGUUUACAGUUACAAUCCUAUCUUUUUUUCUUCAUAUUGGAUCAUAAUUUACUCAUAGCACAAAGAACACUGCCACAACAACAAAGAUAUCUACUAAUUUCUGAAAACAAGCAGCUUCAACUAUUUGCAUUUUAGGUUAAAUGAAAUAAAUGAAAAAUAAACUUUGUAUGAAACAUAGAAGAAAUAUUUUCCUAUAUUGAGUUACCCAAUCUAGUCAGCAGUCACCAAUCAGUAGUCACCAAUCUAUUUCACUCCUUGACAAGAGUCAAUAGAGACUCAAAUCCACAAGAGGGUAGAACACAUGUCAAACUUUGCUUGUUACAUCUCUACAUCUCUCUCUCCCUUUCUGAUCUCUCGCUCUCUACAUCUCUCUCUUUAACCUUGUCUGGUGUAUAUCAGUUUUCAGUGGUGGAAAAUUACUCAACUGUCAUACUUGAGGAAAAGUAAAGAUACCUUCAUAGAAAAUGACUCAAGUAAAAGUCACCCAGUAAAAUUCUACUAGAGUAAAACUCUAUAAGUAUUUGGUUUAAAAUUGUCACGACACCGACGGAUGGUGGUGCCCCUCCUCGGCCGGGCGGAGCUCGGCGGUCGUCGUCGCCGGCCUACUAGCUGCCAUCGAUCCUUUUUUGUUUCACUUUCUGUUGGUUAGGUCUAGGUAGGCACGCACCGGUUUUGGGUUAGUUAUUAGUAGGGGGGUUAUUUAAUUUAGCGUAGGAUGUCUGUGUUUGUGCGUGAUUAUGUUUCUUGUCCAUUUCGUGUGCUUGAGGAACGUGUGCUGGUUUUCCUCUGCCUGUGGUUGGUUUCUUUGUGUUCACCACCGCAGAAGUAUUUAAGGGCUUCGUCCCUAUUUUUUGGCGACCAUAUCUACUUUCUGGAAUAAAGAAGUGUGGUCAAGAAUUCUCUGUCUCCUGCGCCUGACUCUACCUCUCCUGCUUUCUUGAGCCAGCCCGUGACAAAAAUAUACUUAAGUAUGAAAAAUAAAAGUAUAAAUAAUUUCAAAUUCCUUAUUUUAAGCAAACCAGAGUCCACCAUUUUCAUUUUUUUCUCUUUUUUUUUACGGAAUGCCAGGGGCACACUCCAACACUCAGCCAUCAUUUACAAACAAAUCAUGUCAGUUUAGUGAGUCCGCCAGAUCAGAAGCAGUAGGGAUGACCAGGGAUGUUCGGUUGAUAAGUCUGUGAAUGUCACUAUCUUCCUGGCCUGCUAAGCAUUCAAAAUGUAAUGAGUACUUUUGGGUCUCAAGGAAAAUGCAUGGAGUAAAAAGUACAAUAUUUUCUUAAGAAUGCAGUGAACCAAAAGGUAAAGUAGUCAAAAAUAUAAAUAGUAAAGUAUAGAUACCCCAAAAAGCUACUUAAGUAUUAUUUUAAAGUAUUUUUA